GGGAUGUGAAAGUAGAGAAAGGACAUGACGAGAUCAAGCGGAAGUAUCCAAGCAGAGUUCAAAUUCAGGGAAACCCCCGCGCGUUCACGUGCCAAGCACAACGGGGCAGAUUGUCUUACAGUUUAGCUGACAUCUCGCCCUUUUCAAAAGGAGCUAAGAAUAGUUCCUGGUAAUAUGAACUGGAUGGUAUUUCUAUUUUUGUCUUUGAGUUUAAUCAUUACAAGAGUUCAACGAUCUAAAAAGUGAGUGGGCCCAAAACUGACCUCUGAGGCAAACCUUAACUAAACUGAGACUAUUCUGAGUUUUUUAAAAUGAAUCCAGGCUAUAAGUGUUGCCAGGCAUUUAAUUCUUUACAAUUUAUCCACAUUCAUGAUCACAUGACUAGUACAGAUAUCUGGGCCUGGUUGAAUUAAGGGUGGAUAGUGCUAUAAGACAGAUAUAUAUUUUAUCCAGUGGAUAAAUUUAUUAGAAACAGCAUGAACUUCAGUAUCCAGUACAUAAUGACAAACUGGGCCCUGGGUUUUUGUCUUCCAUCAAUUAAAAAUAUCAACUAAGACUAUAAGUGGAAAUUUUAUUUAACGGAAGUCAAAACCCAAUACUAAAAAUGGGUAUACCCUUGGCUUUCUAAUAAAAAGUUUCACAAUAGAGAGUAGGUCCCUUGCUAGGGGUGGUUCGAUGGUUUACCCCCCUCCCCGCCUCUUUCCCUUUCAGGAGAAUGAAAUAAUGUUUAGUGCUUUUUAGUUUUAAAAGAAAUGGCAUAACUAAGAUUGGUAGAAAAACGAACCUCCCCUUUCAAGGUCCUAGUGAUGGGCCUGAUGCGUAAAAGCCAAUGCUAUAGCCCUAGCCCAGGACCUCAAGAAUUCGCUAGCAUACACCAAAUUGAAAUAUGGCAAUCAUCUUGAAUAACUGUUGUUCUKUACUGACUAGCGACUGACAAGCCUCUCAUAUGUGUCAAGAAUGCUUUUGUGUUUCUAUGUGAACACAAGGCUAGUCAGUCACUAGUCAGUGUAGAACAAUAAAUAUUCAAAUUGGUCACCAUAUUGGAAGGGAGGGGUGGGUGGCUUUGUCAAAUCAAUAACCACUGCACUGUCUAAAGAGUAGAGAGUUCAAAGCAAAUUUCUGACAGGUAAGAAGAAAAACUUGUUACCCUUCUCUGUUUGUAAAUUCUGUGGYGGUAGUGGUAGUCUUGGUUGGUGGGGAGCCAAAAUUGAAAGAUAACUGUUUCCUGAAUAAGUACUGUUGGAGGCAGUGCACUGAAGUGUCCACUCAGUGAUGAAAGAGAGCAGCUUAAAACCAGAGAAACUACUUAUAUGGGCCAUAACUGCUUUUCGGUUUUCAAUAUCUUUUUAUCCCAUACUUCCUGAUAAACGUUUCUCAUCCUUUCAUUUUYCACUAGAUUUUUUUUCAAAUUCAGUUAAUCUUCUAGGCACUAGAUUCCAUUCCAGAUAUUAAGUAAGCUUUGCACAUCAAAUUCUAGCCCUUCAAAUCCUGGUCGUUCGUGCAUUCUACAGUUCAAUCCCAAGCAUCUCCAUCUUCAUAAAAAGUGAGAAGUCCCAUCACUAGGUACAACCUGUGGCUUGAUAUACCCAAUUCUCUCUUGUACUUUGGCUAUUCUUUCUGAUUCGUUCAACAUUGCAGUGUCUAGCGUAUCGUUCAAUACUGCCUUCUUCUCGCUGCCUGAUUCAGUAYUUUUUGUCCAUCUUUCUUUAGCUUUUUCGUAUUCAUCCAGGUCAUCUCGCUUUAGUUCUAUCCUAGUAGGCUUUCUACGUAGCAUUUUCAAGCUUUAAGGCUUGAAAUUUUCAAUAUUCUAAAAGCAAACGAAGACAAACUUUAGGUAAACAUUUGGCGCGAACUUCUGAUCAGCUCGGSCACAGGUAACCCACAGGGAAUAAUYRAUAUUUUWAAUGUCUGAUGUACAAAAACUAUAUAUGUUUUCCUAAAACCAAAACACAGACACCCUAAUGCUAAUUCCAAUUCAUGCUAUAGUAUUCUGAUAAGGUUUAUUUUAAAUUCUAUACAACAUUAAAAUUGAAUAAAAUUUAUUUUUCACUAAAUGAUGUAUGGGUUACCUGUGGAAAAACUGGAAUCGCUUGAGCCAAGAUGGCGGACUUUGAUAAACAAAAAGAGAAGAGUCURUCGCAGGCUGAUUUAAGUAAGAAAGGCAGCAUAGACGAACAUAUUCUUGAAUUGGUACAGUAUAUCAAUGGYCUAGAUAAUUAUUUCACUACAAGUUCCUGUUCUGGAAGAAUUUGUGUAUUUUCUGAGGAUUCAGAGCACAAAAAGAAGUCCGGAAAAUGGUUAUUUAUAUCACAURACAAGAUAGAGCUACAGUCACUUUUAUUAUCUUUAGACGUCAGUGAAGGAAAUGCUGUCUUUAAAUUUGAACCCUUUGUUCUUCAUGUCCAGUGUAAGACAAUAGAGGAUGCACAAUCAUUGUUGAGAAAUGCACUCGAGUCUGGCUACAAGAAUUCUGGAAUCGUUGUUGGAAAAAAGUCUCGUUUCAUUUUGGCAGUGAGGAGUACACAAAGCAUGSAAGUACCUAUCAUUCACAGAGGAAAACUUUUGGUAUCAAAUGAAUAUAUCAAGUACUUGGUAGAAAUUGCAAAURAUAAAAUGGAUGAAAAUUUAACAAAAAUAAAGAGAUUUUUUAAUAAUUUAAAGACAUUAAGGGAAACUGUCAAGAGGAGCUGUCAUAAAGGAAGGAAGAAACCAGACAGUCCUACUACACAAGAAAAAUCAGAGCCACAAUCUAUACAUUUAGGAACAAGAGAACUUGACCAUAUGGAGCAAGAYAAUGAUAUAGAAGACUGUUUAGCAGAUUUUUAUGAGCAUCACAUCAGCUAGCAAACUCUUAGAAUGUAGAAAAAUGUCAAAAUCACACACAACCUAAGACCAAGAUCUGGGCUUGUGAUUCAAUUUAUUGGUUGAUAGCUUGUUAGCUUGGGUGCAAUGUUUUCCCAUUUGAGAUUAAGUCAUUCCCUUAGUUGUAUCCAUAUUCAUGAUUGCAACAGUUAAACAAAACAAUCAUACUCUAGGGAAUAACAUGGUAUGAAAUAGGAAAAGAGACCAUUGACAAAAACCAAAACAAGAAACAGAAUAAUAAAUUUUGUAAUCUUUAAUUUUAUACAAAGAUUGAAUGUACAUGGACAUUCCGAAGUUGAGAACAARUAACAACCUAAGAUAACUCUUUGUCUGUCUAUACUUGCUGUUAUAAAUGCAUUUAUAGAGAAUGUGUACUGAAUUUACUUGAAAUUCAAAAUGUCUUUUAUCAGCCAGCUGACCAUCUAUCAGUGUUUGCAGCUAAGUUCCAGUUACUCUUUCAGGAAAUAAGAUAAUAAUGAAAGAUAAAAUGUUGUUACUGAAACUCAUUACCAAAAAUUGAAUAAACCUAUUGAACAUGUUUUCAGA